UGCAUUCCUCGUGUUCUCGGUCUCAGGUUGACCCGCUCGAAGCUGUAAUUGCUGCCGAUUACGCCGGUAAACCUAACUGGCGCUAUGAGCUUGCUUGACCAGCUGUGGGAUGACACCGUCGCCGGUCCCCGGCCGGAAAACGGCCUGGGCAGACUCCGUAAACAACCGUCCUUCACUUUCCGCUCCAGCUCCGGCAAGGAAUCGGAGAGCGGAGGUUCCGAGGAGAGAGUGAGGGUUACGCGAAGCAUCAUGAUAGUGAAACCACCGACUCCGAACGGUUCGCCUCCGGUUUCCCCCGCUGGUUCGACAACUCCGGUAUCUCCUUUCGCUGGAGGAGGAAGAGAGGCCUAUCGGUUUCGCAGAAGGUCUACAUCGGACGUAUACGAGAAAGCAAAUGGGACUGGAACCAGGAGCCGCCCUCCUUCUUACGACGUGUGAGAACUGAUCAGGGAGGGAGUCCAUUAAUGUUUCCCUCUGCAGGUUUUGUGGGGGUUGUUGAGAGUAGGGGGGAGGGAAUGAGGUGAAGAGUAGUAGUGUGUGAAUCGGGAGGUGCAUGGGAGUAUGUUUGUAUGUAUGUUGUAUGUAUGUUAUCUAUGUAUGUAUGGGGUUGUUUAUGCAGAGUUUUGUACAUAAAAAUGUAAUAUGUAAUGUGGGCUUUGUGCCAUGACACUAUGUGUGUGUGGGGUGCUCGCAAGGCCAUGGCAUGGAUAGAGACUCAGCUUCUCUCUGCACGUGUAUCAAGAGUUGUUUUCUCA